AUGAAUUGCAUUCAGAAUGAUGAUUUAUAUAUAUUUUUAAGAAGGAAAGCUAUAAUAUUUUAUACAGUCUCUUUAUUUUUAGGUUUUUUUAAAGCAUUAUUAUUUAUAUUUAAUAUUUUAGUAUUUUGUUUUUCAACUAUUUUGAUUUUACUUUUCAUGUUUUUUGGAUAUUUUGGAGUAAUAUCAGGGAAACCAUCUUUGGUGCAUGCUGAUGUAUAUAUAGGCGUAAUAUUUUUUAGUAGUAUGCUAGAUUUUUUAAUUUCUUUUUUUUGUUGUUAUUAUAUAUAUAAGUUAGCAAUAGGUAAUCUUCAUUAUACACAUAUAAAAAAAGUGGAUUAUUAUUAUUCUUAUUCUAUUUUUAGUUUAGUUAUUGCGUUUUGUUUGCUUUCAACAAUAUUUAAUAUUUUUUCAAUAUAUUAUACUAGAAAGUUUAAAAAACUAUUGAAAUCAUUUUCAAAGAAAAAUGAAAAAAAAAACCUAUGUCUUGUCUAA